CGUGAGAAGAACGAUGGCAACAUGUGGAGCAGAGAGUGAAGUUCUGGAUGAAAAAGAUGAUCCCGGUGCAGCGCCUUACGGCAAUUUUAUAAACUAUUACACAUUCAACCCACCAGAGAACCGUCUAAGCCUCAUUCCGACCACACUUAUUCAGGAUUUGGGGUAUGGCAAAGACAGCAGUGAAACCAUAUUGAUGCUGGAUGUCGGCUGCAAUUCAGGGGUAAGCUAAAGCUAGCUAAGUUAGCCAGCUAACGUUAGCCACAGAAAGAUUUAAUCAUGUUAGCCAUCCUUUACAAAUUGAUCUACCACACACACAAGUUAAGAGAACAAUCACUGAGUUUCAUUAUCGGUCAUUGAAUACUUUGAGUCAGUUGUCUGACACUAAUGAAGUAUUUUUCUCAUCUAUCCAUGUGUAAUAUAUAUCAGGACCUGACAGUUGCAUUGUACAGACACCUCCAACAGAGGGUCCUGUCUGAAGACGCUACAACACCACCCGACAGUGAUCUCCAGCUCCUUGGCUUCGACCUGGACGAAACCCUGAUCCUCCGUGCCCAACAGACCAACCCUUUCCCCCAGAGCAUCUCGUUCAUUCCCUUAGACAUCACUGAGGAUGCUGCUAGCCAGACCCAGCUACAGGACUACCUGAGACAACAUGGCUGCUUCCGCUUCCACCUCUCCCUGUGCCUGGCUGUUACCAUGUGGGUCCACCUGAACCAUGGAGACGCUGCCCUGCUGGGGCUCCUCUCCCGGCUGGCAUCCGUCAGCCAACACCUUCUCCUGGAGGCCCAGCCCUGGAAGUGCUACCGCUCGGCUGCCAGGAGGCUGAGGAAGCUAGGGCGGUCUGACUUUGACCACUUCAAGGAGUUAAAGAUCAGAGGAGAUGUGGCAGAACAAGCCAGGGAACACUUAGAGAAACACUGUGGGAUGGCACUGAUGCAGUGUUUUGGUAGUACCAGCUGGGAUCGUAGAUUGCUGCUCUUCAGGAGAAGCGAGACGGUAGACCUACAUCUAUCCCAGUAGAUAAAGUGACUGGACUUGUAGUAUCUGUUAUAAUGAUUGUCAUAAAGGAGUAAUCUGAAAACCGUUGAAAAUGUCUUCCUUGACAAUGAAGUGACAAGGUCCUCAGGAAAUGUGUAUGUGCAGGGAAGGAACUCCAGAUUCUGAGUCUUUAAGCACAGUGAAGGACCAGUAUUUCGAUUGAACACUAGGAGGCAAUAAUACUAUUUUGUUACUACUUGUAAUACCACCAUACCUAGUGCAUGCUUUCAGCUAUACAUUUAACUGAUCUUGCUCUAUUUUCUUCUUCAUAGUGGGUAUGUUUUGGCUAACAGUUAUUAAUCAACAAUGUGUGAAUAUAUAUAUAUAUGUGUGUAUGUCUCUCUCUGAGAAAUUAAUUUGAUAUUUUUUAUUUUUUGGGAUGUAAAAAAAACAUGAAUUUACUACUCCAAAGCAUGAUAACUCUUCAAAUAACAUGACCCCCUUCCUUCAGGGAUCUCUCUCAAAGUUCAUAUUAAAUUAUUAGAAAAGAACCAUUCUCUCUCUGCCUGAGGAUGAAGCUUUUUUAUUUACAUUAUAGCCAUUGAAUACUCUCUUGUUCUUUAUUUAAAAACUUCUACAGCAUCCCAUGUGUUACAGCAAGUAGCACGAGCUGUGUUAAUUGUAAUGUAAAAAUAUUUGACAUUGACAUGAAAUGACCAGUUGAAACUGUGGUGAGGAAAAAACAUCUUUGUCAAGUUUGUCAUACAAUUUGUGUUUUCUUUACAGAAAGAACAAUCAAAAGUUUGUAGCUACAAACAACUAGCUACAAACAACUAGCUACAAAAUCAAAACUAUU